AGACGUCACAUGUUAGAUAGGGUGGUCAGAAAAGACCUUAAGGAGGUGACAUUUGAAUAUAGAUUUAAAGAUGGUGAGGGAGGGAGCCAUGGGGUUGUCUAGGGAAACAGCAUCCCCAGCAGAAGAAACAGCCAGUGCAAGGUCCUGGGGCAGAACUUUGCCUGGCAUGCUGGAGAACAGGGAGGCUGGAGCAGAGUGAGAGAGGGGGAGAGAGGGAAGGGAGGUGGGCAGGUCAUGCAGGGCCUUGUGGGCUCUGGGGAGGACUUGGGCUUUUACCCCAAGGGAAGUGGGAGCCAUGGAGGGCUGUGGGCAGAGUGGGGACAGAACCUGACUUGGGUGGUCACUGGUGCCCUCUGGUCACUGGUGCAGGAAGAACAGACUGUGGGGGCAAGUCUAGGAAGGGGACUGGGGGAGGGGUGACUAUGGUGGAGGUUACUGCACUGGCCCAGGUGAGCAGUGAUGGGGCUGGACCAGGGCAGUAGCCCCGAACAUGGUGAGAAGCAGCCAGAUUCUAGAUAUAUUUUGAAGGUUCAAGCCCACAGGAUUUGAUGAUAGUGUGAGCAUGAAAAGGAGGAAUCGGUGACAUCAAAUUUUUGACCCAAAGUACUUGGAGGAUGGAGGUGCCCUCAGUGAAGACUCUUGUUGGAUCCUGUUGACAACACUGUCUGGUGGAGUUUAUCGUGACUUCCGAUUUCCCGGUGGGGAACUGAAGCUCGGAGGAGUAAGGCAGGCACUCCAAAGUCGCAUAGCAAGGAGUGUGUGAGAUGAGAUCAUGCCCAGACCUCUCUGACUUCAAGCCUAUUCCUGCCUUCUUUGGGGACAAACUGUGUCUCCCCCCAUCCAAGCUCCAGCGCUGUCCCAUUCUCUCUCACUUUCAUCUCCUGUUGCCAUGACAAUGAAACACAGUACAUCAGCUUCCUAUGGCUGCUAUUGAAACAAAUGACCCCAAACUUGGUGGCUUAAAAAAACACAAAUGUAUUAUUCUGGAGGGCAGAAGCCCAAUAUGGACCUCUGUGGGCUAAAACCAAGCAGUCGGCAGGGCUGGCUCCUUCUGGACGCUCCAGGGGAGAAUCUGCUUCCUGACAUUUUCCAGCUUCCAGAGGUCGCCUGCAUUUCAUGGCUGGUGGCUCCCUCCUCCAUCCUCAAAGCCAGCAAUGGCCUGGAAAUUUUUCUCACAUCCUAUUACUUGAAUACCAACCUGGCUCCCUCUUCCCUGUUUAAGAAAAUGAGAUUAUUUUGGACCCUUUGGUUAAUCCAGAAUAAUCUGUCUAUCUCCCCAUUAGCUUAUUAGUAACCUAAGUUCCAUCUGCACAUGCUAUCCCCUCUUUCUCAUGCAACAUAACACCUUCACAGGUUUGGAGAGAUUAGAACGUGAACCUUUUUGCGGGGAGCCCCUCACUCUGCCUACCAUACCCAGUUAGAUCACAAAGGCCUCUGUGACCUCAUUAUCCCCUGGGGCCCAAAUUCACAAGGCACCCCUCCCAUGUGGUUGCUGGCAGGCAAACCUCUUGUCAGGCUCUUGAAUCUCAAUGACUCUCUAGCUGCCAUGGGAGCCAAACCUGAGGAAGCCCAGAAGCCUUGUUCAAGGGGCCAGACCGUGUUUAAGAGGGUCAGGGCCUUAUUCACAAAACCUUCGCCCCCUCCCCCACCCCCACCCCCACCCCCACCCCCGCCCCCACCCACCUGCUGGAACCCAGGCUGUACACACGUGUAUGGAUAUGUGUUUGGGCAUGUGGGCAAAAACAUCCUGGAGCAUCUCCCAUCACAGCAGGUGCUUGACACGGGAGAGCAGCUGAUGGUCCCCGUGGAUGUCCUGGAAGUGGAUAACGAGGGAGCCUUGUGGAAGUUUCUGCUCUCAGGAGCCAUAGCUGGAGCAGUGUCUCGCACUGGCACGGCCCCUCUGGACCGUGCCAAGGUGUACAUGCAGGUCUACUCCUCCAAGACAAACUUCAUGAAUCUUCUGGGGGGGCUACGGAGCAUGGUCCAAGAGGGAGGCUUCCGUUCCCUGUGGCGGGGUAAUGGCAUCAACAUACUCAAGAUCGCCCCUGAGUACGCCAUCAAGUUCUCCGUCUUUGAACAGUGUAAGAAUUACUUCUGUGGAGUGCAUGGGUCCCCACCCUUUCAGGAACGUCUCCUUGCUGGAUCCCUGGCUGUGGCCACCUCCCAGACACUCAUCAACCCCAUGGAGGUGCUAAAGACACGGCUAACCCUGCGCCGGACGGGUCAAUACAAGGGGCUGCUGGACUGUGCCAGACAGAUUCUAGAGCAGGAGGGCACCCGAGCCCUUUAUCGUGGUUACCUGCCCAACAUGCUUGGCAUCAUCCCUUAUGCCUGUACCGACCUGGCCGUCUAUGAGAUACUCAGGUGCUUCUGGCUGAAGUCAGGCAGAGACAUGGCAGACCCUAGUGGCCUGGUCAGUCUGUCUUCAGUGACACUGUCCACGACCUGUGGUCAGAUGGCCAGUUAUCCACUAACUUUGGUGCGCACCAGGAUGCAGGCUCAAGACACUGUGGAGGGUUCAAACCCCACCAUGUGCGGAGUCUUCCAGCGGAUCCUGGCCCAGCAGGGCUGGCCAGGGCUAUACCGAGGUAUGACCCCCACCUUACUGAAGGUGUUGCCGGCAGGUGGCAUCAGCUACGUGGUGUAUGAAGCCAUGAAGAAGACUCUGGGUGUAUAG